AUGGGCACGUGCUUAUUGAAGUGGCAAUAGAUUCACUCAUUCAUUCAUUGAUCUCCAGGAUUCACUUCUAACUCAAGCUAGUAGAUUUAAACGCAAGAUUUAAAAAAUCGUCAGAUUCAUUUUUACCAGGUCUGCUAUUGACGCCUCUCCUUCAAUGAAAACCUUUCCUUGAGAUUCAAACAGGCAUGACAGGAAAACUUCGACGAAGAUGACAAAAUUACACAUCGAGAGGGGACGCGGAUAGCUAGCCAGCAGGCGCCGCCCGAGGUACCGGCCGGGUACGUGUAUACGGGCCCGGUACUAGGUUACCGCCGGUAUACGGGUACCGUACCAGCGCAUAGAGCUGGAGGCCGAGGCGGAGCUGGACUCCUGGAGUGGAGGUGGAGCUGCCCGCGGAGCCGGAAUCAAAAUAAAUAAUAACGAGGGCACGUUCCUCAUCAUGCGUACAUGUAUAAUUGGAGCAAGGAAGGACUGAUGGAUUCAUUCAGGGAACUACAUGAGAACAUGUUACAAGGACAUUGCCUGUGUCACAUCGAGAUGGGAAACAUCCUGGACCUACUAGAUCUUGGUUCACAGGUCAGAGGUCAAGGGUUAGAUGGAGAGAUUUCCUUUACCACCAGAGAUCAAGUUUUGGUGAAGUUAGGCUUGAUCACUAGUAUUCUUGAGAUUAACCACUGCAGCAAAAUAAAGCAAGUGCAGCAAGACCUCUGUUCAUCAGAGAAUUUAGAAUAUCUGCUCUCCAUGUUAGGCUUAAGUGAUCAGCUCAUUGCACAUAGUGCCAGUCGAUGUCUAGAAGCUCAUUUGCUGCUAUUAGCCAAGUUUGACAAAGCUAAGGUGGAACGUCUUCUGAAAAGGGCUAUCAGGUCUAUGCUUCAUCAUGGAGGAGAGCUGGAGCAGGAGGUGUCAUCAGCCGUCAACAGGACCGUCUUUACUCUGGAUCUCAUGUCUAAUAUGUUGAGAGGAGAAUCUGCAAAGUCUGGCAAAACACAUGGAGCCACACCUACUCUACCUUGUAUGGGGGUAUCUACAUCAGCCACAGAUGAGGGCAGCAGACCCAUUCACCAGACUAGUGAUGGUCACACCGUCUGGUACUACAAUGUCAUCAAGGAGAGCAUCCUAGAGCUUUGUGCAGUCUUUUCAAGUCAGUUUGAUGAAACUUCCAACUCACACUAUGCCAGCAAACAUGAACAAUCCUCUAUCUCCUGGCUCCACUCAUUGAAUAUUACUUUCAAACACAAGAUCUACCAUGCUUUUCUGAGACUGCUCUUGUCAUUUUCCAAAGAACAGAUGAGUUCAGAGAGAGAUCCCUUCAGCACAUUACCUUUGAUACAGUCAGUCUUGCCUCACCUACAAACAGUGCUAAUGACUUACUCCCAUGGUAGCAUUGCCAAUUUGAAGAUGGUGCUUGGUGUACUGAUCACGUUCCUGAAGGCAUGUGUGAAAGCUAGUGAAAGUGCAAAGUGUGGAGCAGUUGAAGCAAGUGACAUGGGACUUCUGCAAUCAUUACAUGCGUCAUGGGGUGGACUUGUUGCAGACAUCUGUGAAGAUCGAUGGUUAGAGCAGAUGCCCUAUCACAAAGGACCUGUUGGUUUUGGCGGAUUUACAUUUGCAACCGAAGAAGUGCAUGAGAGAUCUUCAGAGGAAUACAUCAGAGGAGACAUAGUAAUACUGAGAAAGCUUGCUCAGCUGGUUUUACUCGGUGUAGAAUUAGGAAUAUCCUCUGGAAUAGAUUUUAGACCUCUGGCCAGAAAUUUUUACCGAACGUGUCAUUUCAUUGAGUCGAAAUUGCGAGAAGCAUCACUGCAGGAGGAAGAAUCAAUGGAUCAAGGACGAUGGAUCUUUGAAAUAUUUGGUGAUCAAGAUGAUACUCUGAUAGAAAUAAUGCUUAUACUUUUCAACAUCAGUCUGUCAGCACAGACACACCUUGAAAAGGAAAGCGAUGAAUCAUACAAAAGUGAGAGCAGAGGAGAAAUUAGUGAUCCUGAGAACAAAAUUCCUGCUGAGAAGUCGGGAUGCAUCCUCGAUGCGCAUCACAUCUUCGUCUCUUUCUUGGAUCACAUGUCUUGGGACAACAGUAUCCUGCUUGAUCUGCUCAUUUCAACAGAAACAGAGUUCCUAGAGUAUUUCAUCAGGUAUCUGCGAUUUGUAACAAAUAAUUGGAAAGGGUUUGUUCGGGCUCAGAAGAGUUUCAGAAAGAAAGAAGAGGAUGAUGAGAACAUAUCAUGUGAGAUGCCUGCAAGGGACAAUGCCAGCGGCGGCGAUGAUUGUCAUGAUGAUGAUGUUUCUGAUGGCUACAUCAAUAUUGAUGAGGAUAUUAAUGAAACCAGAGUUAGUAAAGAUGAUGUUGUUGACAAUACUUCAGAUGAUCAUAUGGAGAAUGAUGUCAGUAGAAACAAAACCUGUGCUAACAAGAAUGAUCUUUGUGGACAAACUGAACCAGAGUCCCUUCCACAGGCAUCCAAAAAAUUUCCUGUUAAACGGAAAUUGGAUAUUGAAGAAGCAAAUGAAAAUGCAACAAGGAGCAUAAAGAAAACACAAGGAGAAGAGCUUCUCAAUGUCCCUUUACCACUUGAUACAAAGCAGGCUAGUCAUGAAGACUGUAGCAUGAAUGAACCCUUGGCAUCAGAGUUUGGUUGUUUAGACGAUACCAUGACCGUCUUGAUUCGACUCCGUCUUGCCAUAGAAAGGCUGGACACGAAAAAUCUUUUCCCAUUCUCGGCUGCGCCUCUUGUCAGAAUACUUGUCAAAGUAGAAGAUAUGUAUGAAGCAAUGGAGGGGUGACAUGUCAAUGGAUGGUUAUAAAUGACGAAUAGAGCACUGCAACCAUGAACUUAAAAUGAGGCUGAUGCUGGAAUUGACAUCACUUGUUGUAGAGAGAACUGGCUACUAAGAUUUUCAACAGAUGUGAAAAGAAUCUCAGGUCUCCUCAUAGCAUGUGCAGUGACCUGAUGAACUGUGGCCAAGUGAUUCAAAUGUAAGCCAUGGACUGGGUACCGAGUGAAGGGAACCCAUCUUUAGCUAUUUCUUCCCAGAUGUACCCCUACAUCCUAACCUGCAGUCUUGAGGUAGGGAGAACUGCUGUCCUCAAAAGUCUGUUAUGUCACUCAGUGUACAACAUGGAUACAUCCCCUAUCUGAUGCUAACCAUCUUCCAAGCAUUGAUGAAAGAGAGAGAGAUAGUCUACCAGAGACAAGGACAUGGCACCUAUCUUGAAAUCAUCCUCUACACAGAAUGUCCAGUGUGAACAAUGAAUUGGUAUCUAUAUGUGUUAUGGUUAAAGAUAGACAAUGGAUUGGACACCCAUAAUCUUGUGUAAAUGAUCUUCUGAUUGUUCACGAUAGACGUGGCUGCAAUUGAGUUAUACUUGACAUCAGUUAUCGUCUGCAAACCUUUCUGAUACCAGGCAGGUGUCUAGAGGAGCAAACACCAUUUUCUAGAAAUCAAAUUCAGAUUUUCUAAUUGACACAGAUGUGAUUAUUGGGUGGCACGACAUUUCCCCCUGUGACAUUUGCUCGGGUCUUAAUAUCUCUGAGGGCAUAGUGUUAGAGUUAUGAUUGUCAUUGAGUUUUCGGUUCAGAACAAUGUAAAUAUAGGGAUUAGGGUUUAUUUAGUUUUGGAGGUUAGGUUUUAUGUUUGGAUUAACAUGCAGAUUUUCAAUAGGAGCAAUCGUGCCAGUAACUAAAGGUGAUCAUCAAGUACUACCAGAGUGUUAGAAAAACCAAGACUUAACAUGACUUGAAUUCACAUCCUGUAUAAUACAGAUUUAAAAUAGUAAUGUGUCGUACGGACGCAGAAAAAGUGGCUUUUUUAGAAACCUCAAGUUUGUACUCUAAAGUCUGUGAGUUGGACAGAUAAUUUUCAUAGAAACUGAACUCAAAUUGAUAUUCAAUUACCCAAGAACAAACACAUCUAUGAAAGAAAGCAAAAUAAACAUUCAUGAAUAAAUAAAGCAAAUUACAAUUUUCGAGAACAUUGUGGCGUACGGGACAUCUCUAAAUUGAAGCCAAACUUUCUUACUUUAUGUCUCUUUGACUUCUUCAAUCACUUUAUUUGGCUGAUGAUAAUGAUAAUCCUAUCAAACUAAAGACAUUCAUUAUGUUAGAAACCGCUAUUGGCUGAAUAUUUCUGUCAAUUAUCAUAAACAAAAUAAUGUGUCGUACGGGACACUUGUGUGUCGUACAGGACACUUCUGUGUCGUACGGGACACUUGUGUGUCGUACGGGACACUUGUGUGUUGUACAGGCACUUGCGUGUUGUACUGGGCAGCCUGAAUAAAACAAUGAACUUUUUAUCAAUCAGAAGGGGAGCAUUGCCCCUAAAUUCUUCCUUUUUAAUGAAAAGUCUUUUAAUAAGUAGUCAUUCAAGACAAUAUAAUUAAGUAACCUCAAUAUAUACAAUCGGGAGCAAUAUGUUAUCAUUUUUUUUCAUGAUGGGAAAUGUACAAGGGUUCACAGCAUUUUUACGAGCUGAAAAACUUGAGGUUUCGUGUGAAGUUAUAUUUAGUGAAUUAAUUGAUGAUGUCCAAUACACUAUUUAAACAAUGAAUGAAUGAAACUGUUUGUGUAAAUUAUGGGGCUAAAAUGUUAUAUUUUUUCAUAUAAAAUGUAUAUAUACAUGAUAUAUGUCACAACUGUCACUUGUAAUUACACAAAAUAUUGUUUUUCU